AAUGUGUGUUAAUUUUGUACGUUAAUUUGAGCACAGAUGAACAGUUUCAAAGAGCGACUUCACGUGAAAAGUAAAAUGGAGGGUAUUUUCACGAAGAGUUAUGUUAAAAUUGACUGUCCUCCAUUUGAAUUAAAGCACAAAACGAUUCCGGAGGCAAUAAAGUAUUACUCAGAGACAAAAGGAGACGGUGAAUCUAUUAUUUUUGUGUCCACGGACGGAAGUCGCGAUGUUGUUACGUGGUCGGAGCUUUACCAAAAGUCUUGCAAAGUGGCAAAGUCGUUGAUCAAUUUAGGCAUUCGAAGAAAGGAAAUUAUUGCUAUAAAUUUGCGUUGCUGUCCUCAAUGGUUGUAUGCUACAUUCGGAGUAAUGAUGGCUGGAGCAAUUCCUGUCAGCAUAACGUUUACGUACACAGAUGGAACCGACCUUAUCACGUUGAUGGAAAAGCUGGAGAAAUGUUCGUUGCUAAUUCUAGAUCCUGGAUUAGAAAGCAUUAACUGGAACAUUCUUCGUAAGCUUCUUGACGAUUAUAAAGCGGAUAGUAAAGUUCAAAGUAAGAAAAUGCCUUACUUGAGACAUGUGUUAGGUGUUGCGUUCGACAGAGAGACCGAUGCCUCCACCGUCAAGGACUUCAGAGACCUUCUAGAGGAAGAUUAUCCUGACAUAGAACUUCCCGAGAUAGAUCCUAACGAAUUUUCCGGACUAUUUCAAACAUCGGGAAGUACUGGAGUGCCUAAACUUGUGGCGCACGUGCAUAAAAGCUUAAUGAAGUUAGCAGAAUCACAUACAUUUGAGUCGCUAGAAGACAAGUUUAUCCAGUUUAACGACCGACCUUUUAACUGGGGUGGAGGUUAUCCAAGUUCCGUUCUGACCGGUCAAACAAGGGUGACAUUUUCCGAGUUUUGUGAUCCACCAAAGGACAGGAUUUCAUUCAUGAUUGAAGUUAUAGAAAGAGAAAGAUGUUCCAUGGUAUUUGCUCUACCCCCUUUGAUGCACGAGCUAAUUAAAAGACAGGACAAUUUACCCGACGAUUGGCCUGUGGAAGCUAUUUUAACCGCAGGACAACCUCUUACGAGCUGGCUUGCUGCUUGUGUUGGUAAAGCUUGCAAAUAUCUUCUGUGCAUCUAUGGUGGGACAGAAUGUGUUGGUGUGACGGAGGCGAAAAUUACGGACCCAAAUGAUUUCGUUGAAUUUGGAUGCGGAAAGGCGGUGAAUUAUCCUGGACUGGAAGUGAAAAUUGUUGACGAAAAUGGUGAAAUUGUUCCUGUCAGCCAUCGAGGAGAAAUAUAUGUUAGAUCUGAACUUAUGUUUAAGGAAUACUUUAAUGAUCCUGAAAAAACAAAAGCGGUUAAAACCCCAGACGAAUGGUAUAAAACAGACGACAUCGGCCGGAUGACGGAACACGGUCAAUUCUUUGUAGAGGGUCGGAAAUCAAACAUGAUUAUUUCGGGCGGUUUUAACGUAGCUCCUGAAAUCCUUGAAAACGUCAUGAAAACUUUUCCUGGUAUCGAUUUAGUAGUCAUAGUACCAGUUCCAGACGAUGUAUACUAUCAGGUUUUGUGCGCAUGCAUGAUAAGAAAACAAGGAUUUAAAGUAGCCGAAACAGAUGUCCAAACGUAUUGCCGUGAAUAUCAUGCGAAUAAACCAGGGCUUUUCACCGUUCUUCCUAAAUUUUACAUGUUUUUUGAGAAGUUUCCUGAAACAAGAAGUGGCAAAACGCAUCGGAAAGAGUUAGAGAGACUAGCAUUACAGCGUUUUGGACCUUCAGAAGACAUAUGUCUAAAUUGAAAAAAAAAAAAAAAGACAUACACUUAUUGAUAGUACAUAAUGUUAAUAGACAGAAAAAACGAUUACGUGUGAGUGUUGAGAAUAGUACGGUUCAUAAAGAAAACAGAUGACGAGUAAACAAAAAAGUGCUUUGUGACUACACAAUGCGAAUAUGCAUUUUCUGUUUUGUUUUAUAGUGACAUGAUAUCAUUACUGUAUAAGAAAUAGUUGAAAUACUGGUCACUCAUUGUUUUUCCUACCUUAAUGCAGAAACUAUUAUCAUUAUUAUUAUUAUUAUUAUUAUUAUUAUUAUUAUACCAGAUUUAUAUAGCGCCCUUUUUAUGAUAAACACGUUCAAAGGCGCUUUACAUAUAGUUAACGCAGACAUAAAGGGCGCGUAAUUCAUCCUCUACUAGUACUAGUACAGCCACAGAGCGAUCUGACCAAAGGGACAGAAUGAGAUAAAGCCCCAAGAACAGAUAGAGAUACAGAUAUGCAGAUACAGGGCUGUCCGGCUAACUUAGCCGAGCUCCUUGCAAAUAGACAGUCUGUUUCUUUAACGUGCCCAAUUUAUAGCAUCGAUAUACGCAAGGCGUCUUUCCUGGGAAGAACUAGUACAGGUCUCUUAGUUAGGUGGCAUCUAAGACAUUUCCAGUGCCUGGACCGGGAUUUGAACCCCGGGCCUCUUGAUUUGGCAGUAAAGCGUGUUACAACUAGACCACUGGCCCACUUAUAAACUAAAAACUUGUA